AUGGAUGAUACACAUCCUCUCAGCGAAUCCGAACUUCCCGAGGCCGUACCCUCGACAAACCGGAAUUAUCUCAUGCCGCGAGCUUGCGAUGCUUGUCGAUCACGCAAGAUACGGUGUAAUCGACAGUAUCCGUGUUCUCAUUGCGAGCAAAAGAGCAUUGACUGUACACAUGCCGAGCUGAAGGUCAAAGAGAAGCGCACUCGCAUCCACUUCACUCCUCUUGAAAGAAAGAUUGAUCAUAUCGAACGCAGACUCGAUGGCAUAAUCGAGAUCUUGAACGAUCUCAAAGUGAGCAAGCCUGAGCCCGAGCCCGGGAGAGCUCAGCUACCAAGAACAAAGCAGCCCUUAUUCAACGAGUCGCAUUCCACCCCAGCAGUCUUUGAUCAUGCAACCCCGGAGGACUUGGCUGCUGGGCCAGUUGUGGAAGGCGACUCUUCCUUGACUGCCCAUUCGGCUUUUGCAAAUGACUUUCUGCAAAGCUUUGUGGGCACAGAUUCCGUGCAAGAUUGCAGCCUAGAGAUGCGACAAACUCUCGAUGCACUUGCUCACACCGUUGCGACACUCAAAAAGCAGACUAUCACAGGCGAAGUACCUAUCUCUGGGUUUUGCCCUACUCACCGUCCCCGAGUGAAAGUCCUCAAUCUUCCUCCUAUUGAGAAGACGGUUGCCCUGAUCCGUCUUGCGAAAUCCCAGAGCCUCGCUGGUACAGGUUGGAUCUAUGAAUUCAUUCAAUUAGAUCAAUUUCCGGAUAUGUGCCUCGGUGUCUAUUUCUCUGAUGACUACCCCAGCUCUGAUGCUAUUACUGUGAACGCUGGUCUACACUCUCUGUUCUCGGACUAUGCGUACCAACUGCCCGAGGAGCAUCGUGAAGAAUACUUCGGCUUUGCGGAUCUAUGUCGAGUCAAUCUAGAAGCUGCGCUAGCUGAUUUGCCCCUGCAUCUACCUGCUACCUCGAGCGCCAUUCUCGCACUGAUCUUUGGUGCUUUCCACUUCAUAGAGCUCUCGAAGCCUUCGAUAUCCUGGAUUUAUUCAUCAAAGGCGUCCGAGCUUUGCCAGACACUCGGCUUUCAUCGGAAUGUGUCCAUGAGGGCUGAUUCGCAAAAUGCCAUCCAAUACAAACUAUUCCUCUUCUGGAGCGUCUACUUCCUCGAUAAAAGCUUAUCACUUCGCAUUGGGCGAGCGUCAACUAUUCCCGACUGUGAGAUAACUUUACCUCGGCCUUCAGUAAACAGCUUCAGCCAUGCGCCUGUCAUGGCAUACUUCCCUUUGUGGAUCGAAAGUGCGCGGUGCCAGGGCAACAUCUACGCGAUGCUAUACAGCCCUUCCUCCCUUGCUCAACCCGACACAGUACGGCAUGAGCGAGUGCAAAUCCUUGUGAAUGACCUUCAGGCAUUGGAAAAGGCAACUCACGAUACCCACAAUCAAUGGAUUGAAACUGCCAGCCAGACCUCUGGCGAAGACUUGAUGAACUUUUUCGCUUUCUCUGACGACGUUCUUCGCCUAUCGCUCCUCACGCUGGUUUACAGGGCCGCUCCGCCAACAAAAGGCACCUCCACAACCUUCAGCUCAAACUGCAUCAAAGUCGCCGCGGCAACUUUACAGAGACAUCACGACUGUAUGAAUGUGAUACGCAAGAAUGGCAGUAUCUACUUCGCCAAAUAUAUUCAUUGGACCCUUCUCUUCGCACCCUUUUCCCCCUUCAUCAUCAUAUUCUGCCACGUAAUUGAAACACAAGACCAAAGCUAUCUAUCUCAUCUACACGCCUUCGUCGAAUCCAUCAAAUCGGCACCAACGGUCUCAGAUGCUGCUGCUAGGAUGUACGGUCUUUUCCUAGUCCUCUACAACGUAGCACUACGCUACAUAGAGCUCCGCACCUCCCAGAAACCAGGACAGACACCAAUGUGUGCUGAGAUGGAUGAGCACCUCGCUGCAUUGGGACUGUUAGCGCCUACUUCAGGGGAUGUCCAUCAACCGGAAUCGCACUCUCUGGGCUCGGACCUUGGAUACGAUUUCGCCAGACGGGAUUCUAGUCAGAGAGAGGAACCGAUGAUGUGGAUGGGAAAUGAGGCGGGGUUGGAUGGGUGGUUUUCUAGUAAUCGGGCUAUAAUGGGGUUACUUCAGCAGUCUGAUUACAAUGUCCUGGAUGAAAGCUGGAGAGGCUGA